AUGACCGAGGCGUCUGUGCGCCAGGCGCUGGAUCACCUGGCUCGAGGGGGUCCAGAGGCUAUGUCUGCCACCGUGGAUGUGACACACGGCAGGGGCAUGUUCCCGAUGUUUGUCGUGGCCCUGCUUCCAUGCGCUGCCUUCUUCCUGCUGGCCGGCUCUGCCCUUUACCUUCAGUACAGGUACGAAUGUGCAUGCUUCUUUGGGUUUGUGCCCCUGGGCCCUCCCCUCCCGGACGGCCCGCUGGACCCGGGCCGGCGGGCACUGCUCCAGGCCCAGAACCCGGCCUGGUGCUACACCUGCAAUGCGUACCGCCCCAUCCGCUCCAAGCACUGCGGGCAGUGCGGUCGGUGCUGCGAGGAGUUUGACCACCACUGCCCCGUGGUGGGGACCUGCGUGGCCCGCGGCAACCGCCGCGAGUUCCUGGGGUACCUGCUCACCCUCUUUGGGGCCGAGGCCGUCAUGCUGGGCAUGGGUGUCCGGUACUGCAGGCUGCUCAUCCUCCGUGCUCUCCACCUGCGGACCCUCCCCGGUCUACUGGAGGUGCUGCCCCACAUGGCCCUGGUCUGGCGGGCGUCACCGGGGGUCCUCUACAUGCUCGUGCUCACGGUGGGCAUCUGCAUGGGCACCGCUGCACUCCUGGGCCGUGCGCUGUGGGGCACGGCGGCGGCGCUGACCACCAACGAGAUGAUCCUGCGCAGGAGGUACGCCUACCUCCAGGACACGCAGGGGCUGUACAGCAACCCAUUUGACAUGGGGGCGUGGCAGAACUGCCUGGCCUUUUGGAGCACGGCUCGCCCCGACUGGUACAGCGUGUACAGUGAGCACUGCACGGCCCUGCGCGAGGGGGAGGAGCCUCUGGCGCACCCCCUGGCCACGCGCAUACUGAGGAGGUGGGACCGGGCACGCGCAGCCCUGGAACGGGCACGGUUCGAGAAGAAGGCGCGGCGUGAGGAGGAGCUGCUCCGACGCGGCAGCCAGCUGGCCGCCUCGGAGGGCGAGGCGGAGUCGGAGAUAGAGGCAGUGUGA